AUGAACAAUGAAACAAUACGUCUUUUGUUAUCACACGUACCCGAGCAUCGCAGCUACGCGGCGUCGGCGCCGCCGAAGCCGUCGUCCGCGCCCCCGCACACCACCCUCCAGCGGUCUGUGCGGGGGGCGGCGGGGGGCGGGGCGCCGGCGCGGGUCAUCCCCCGCUUCCACUUCCCCAAGGGCCGACCGCCGCCAGCGCACCAACAGGACCACGCGCUCCACAAAGUUCAGUCCGCCUUCGCUACGUUCCCCAACAGUCAGGUCCCCCGCGAGAGCUUCAAGCACAUAGUGAAGGCGUGCGAGUGCCCGCUGUACUGGAAGAUGCCGCUAUUCCUGGCCACGCAGCAGAGCUUGCAUGCGCCAGUCGACGGGCACAAGUUCAUCGACUUCUGGAGAGAAAUGACGUUACAAUGCCACGACCUCGCCUCGCGGUUCGUGUACAUCCUGACGCGGGGUAGGAGCAACACUCUGUCUCCCGAGGACUUCGUGCCGCUGGUUCAAGACGUCGUCGACACGCACCCGGGACUCUCGUUCCUGAAAGAAGCCACCGAAUUCCACUCGCGAUACGUGCACACGGUUAUCGCUAGAAUAUUUUACUGCGUCAACCGAUCGUGGUCGGGACGAAUAUCCAUACCUGAGCUGCGGAGAUCCAAUCUUCUUCAAGUGAUACAGUUGUUAGAAGACGAGGAGGACAUCAAUCAAGUAACACAGUAUUUUAGCUACGAACACUUCUACGUGAUAUACUGCAAGUUCUGGGAGCUCGACAGGGAUCACGAUUUGUUUAUAGACAGGCACGACCUUGCGCGGCACAACGACCACGCGCUCUCUAGCCGCAUGAUCGAGCGCGUUCUCUCCGGCUGCGUGACGCGCGGCAACCAGAACAGACUGACGCCCGACGGCGAGCCGAGGAUGUCGUACACGGAGUUCGUCUGGUUCCUGCUCGCGGAAGAGGACAAGACGCACCCCGCCGCCAUCGAGUAUUGGUUCAGGUGUAUGGACUUGGACGGCGACGGCUACAUAUCUAUGUACGAGUUGGAAUAUUUCUACGAAGAGCAGAUGCAGCGCAUGGAAGCCAUUGGUAUCGAGACGUUACCAUUUAAUGACUGCUUAUGUCAGAUGCUAGAUCUGGUGCAUCCCGCCGAAGACGGCAAGAUAACGCUGUCCGAUCUGAAGAAGUGCAAGCUCACGCCGAUCUUCUUCGACACGUUCUUCAAUUUGGAGAAGUACCUCGACCACGAGCAGCGAGAUCCAUUCGCGACGCAGCGCGACUCCGACUCCGAGAUGUCGGAAUGGGAUCGAUUCGCCGCUGAGGAAUACGAACUUCUAGUAGCCGAAGAAGGUGGAAGCGACGCACAAGAUCAAAUGGAGGAAGACAGAACUGGCUAUGCUAGGAUGUCUUUUAACAGCCUCAUGUCCUGUUUCAGCUCAUACGAUGAGACCGAUGAGGAUUGUUUGUCGCCGAACAUAGAUGACGUCACAUGCACUGAAGUUAUCGAGGACUCCAGCGUGGAGGACUCUACCCUCAGCGAGGGUGGGUCGAGCGUCGUUAGUAGCGGGAAGGGACACACGGUCACAACGGCAGCCAGCGGCUUCGUUAAUCUCAGUUCGAUCUAUUCAAUCGGGAGCCCGGGUGGCCAAAGGUGGCCCAGCGCGGAGGGCGCGCCGAAGAACGGCCUGCCGGAGAGGAAAUCCGAGAAGCCGGUGCCGCCCGAGAAGCCUGUCAGCCUGACGAUGAUGAACGGAAAGGUGGACAACAGACACGGCCCCGGCAACAGCAGCUUCCUCUACUCGCAGCUACUGAGCCCGAGCGGCGCGCGCGCGAAGGACCCGCCGUCGUACACGGCCGCCACCAGCGCGGCGGCAGACAAGGCGGCCGAACCGGGGAACGCCCCGCCCCCCGGGGCCGACAAGUCCCCCGUCACCAGCCCAGUGAACGGCGUGAACAGGAUCUCCGACAACUACGAGAGGGCGAUCGCCCAGCGGCUCGGCCCCCAGCGCGAGAUCUCGAGGCUCAACCGCGGCGGCCUCUUCAGCAAAGUCAACACCGGCGUGGUGUCGGGCAAAUUGAAAAGGAACGCGAGCCCCCGCGCCCAGGACGCGGAGGAUGAGGACUACGCUCGGGACAGUGACGAGUGCUCCAUU